UUUUCAUCCGUGAAUUCUGUCUCUAUCUCUUUCUCUCUCCCUCUCGUUGUCUAUCUGUCUACCUAUUUCUCUGUCUUUCUGUCUCUGUGUUUGUUUCUCUCUGUAAUUGUGUUUCAAUUUAAUCUUUUUCUCAAUAAUCUUCUAUUGGUCAACUUAUUAUAAACAUACAUUUACUUCAUCGACAUCUUCAUCUUCAUCAGAUUUAAAAUUAUUCACCUUGUACCUGAAUUAAAACAAUAGUAUUAUAUAAGAUGGCUGACCAGCUAACUGAAGAGCAAAUUGCUGAAUUUAAGGAAGCCUUUUCAUUGUUUGAUAAAGAUGGUGAUGGUACAAUUACCACCAAGGAAUUGGGAACUGUUAUGAGAAGUCUAGGUCAAAAUCCAACAGAAGCGGAAUUACAAGAUAUGAUCAAUGAAGUUGAUGCCGAUGGUAAUGGUACUAUUGAUUUUCCUGAAUUCUUGACUAUGAUGGCUAGAAAAAUGAAGGAUACAGACUCAGAGGAGGAAAUCCGUGAAGCUUUCCGUGUUUUUGAUAAAGAUGGUAAUGGUUUUAUUUCUGCUGCUGAAUUGAGACAUGUAAUGACCAAUUUGGGUGAAAAAUUGACCGACGAAGAAGUAGAUGAAAUGAUUCGUGAAGCCGAUAUUGACGGUGAUGGUCAAGUUAAUUAUGAAGAAUUUGUAACGAUGAUGACAUCCAAAUGAAUAAAAGCACAAGGUUAAUUGUUCAUUUUAAUUAGAUCCAAUGGAUCCAAUCAGUGACAGGGAUAAAAAUUAAUCAAUAAAAGAUGAAAAGCAAAAAUACAAUGGAAGCUAUCAUCACAAAUCUUCAUUUUUCAUCCAACAAAAAAUGGAACGUUUUUUCUGCGUUGCUACAAUUUUCACAACUUCUUCUUCUUCUUGAUUCUUUAUGUUCAGCCAUACUUUAAUUUUCGGUCAAAAUUUCAAUUUGAAACUGAUUGAAAAUAUUUAAAAAAAAAUAUCCUCAGAUUCCGGUUUUUCUCUCCUUUUUCCUCUUUAAUCUCAUCACAUUCAGAUCAAUGUAAUCAAUUCACGCUUUUGACUGCGUGGUCUAAUAGAUUAUAUAACACGAAAUUUGCUUUUGAUUACUUAAUUAAAUUUAUGUUUUUUGUUUUGUUUUA